AUGUUGGAGUUAGCGAAUCUCCGAAUCUCCACGAUGGCUAUGACUGGAGAAGUUCAACUUCCACUACCAGCCGAUGUCCUCGUCGCCAUCGCCGAAGGAGAAGAAAAGAAGCUCAAGUCAAAGAUACAGCGCCAGAAAAGAAAUAUAAGAGAAGAAAAAGAGUCAAUUCAAGACACUCUGGAUGCGUGGGCUGGACUCGUCAUGACAGUUUAUUUGGUUUCUUUUGUUUGGAUCGUCCUCUGUUUCAUGGAGGAGAAGCGUUAUGUGAAGUGA